UUCAAGCUUAGCUUCGGCUCAAAUGCUUCACGGGUCUUGUUGUUCUAACUCAAUCUCGAACUGGGUCGAUGAAAAGUCCCGAAUUUUGGAUCUGGGUUUUUGGUCUCUUUGAUUGGGGUGUCCUGUUCUGCCAUGUCUGUUGUUCAUACGGCUGAUUCCAGGAAUGUUCUUCAACUCCUAUGUGCAUCUUGGCAUAUAUUAUCAGCAGCCAAGUUUGAGGGUUGAGAUCUGGAGAUCUUUCUGCUUGAAGGCUCGGUCUUUCUUCCAUUCUCAGGAUCUCUUUCAGGUGGUUGCUCAAUUUCGAUUGCAUGAUUCCCUGCUCAGCCACUGACUGGAUCGGGUACUGAGGACUAUGAACUGGAUCCCAUGAAAAGUUCUUGCAAUGGGGUCACUGCACAUGGAGAAGAAAUGGGUAUUUCCACUUGUAAUGAGCUCCCUUAUGUGCGUAUUCCUUUUGGCCACUUCCUUCAACAUGGGUCUUGUAUCUUCCCUCCAUUCGAUCAAUGCAAUAUUCUCGAGAAUCCCGUCUCGUCUUGCCACUAACCAAUCCAUUUCAAAUCCGGAGUUUGCUGAGACAAAGGUUUCACAAGCCCCACCUCCCCCUCCUGCCGUUGAAAUUCCCCGCUUUGCCUACUUGAUUUCUGGUUCAAAGGGAGAUUUGGAUAAGCUGUGGAGAACUCUACGGGCACUUUAUCAUCCGAGGAACCAGUAUGUCGUGCAUUUGGACCUCGAGUCCCCUGUAGAGGAAAGAAUGGAGCUCGCUUCCAGGGUGGAAAAGGAUUCAAUGUUUCUGAAGGUUGGGAACGUUCAUAUGAUCACCAAAGCGAACAUGGUCACCUAUAGGGGGCCCACGAUGGUCGCGAAUACUCUUCAUGCCUGUGCCAUUCUCCUAAAGAAGAGUAAAGAUUGGGAUUGGUUUAUCAACCUCAGUGCAUCUGAUUAUCCUCUCGUGACUCAAGAUGAUCUGAUGUUCAUAUUUUCGGGUCUAGAUCGUGACCUGAACUUCAUUGAGCACACAAGUCGUCUCGGGUGGAAAGAGGACAAGCGGGCGAUGCCUUUGAUGGUAGAUCCUGGUCUGUACUUAACAAAAAAAUCAGAUGUAUUCUGGGUCUCACCAAGGAGAGCUUUGCCCACCGCAUUUAAGUUGUUCACCGGGUCGGCGUGGAUGGUCCUAUCGCGCUCGUUUGUGGAAUACUGCAUCUGGGGCUGGGACAACCUUCCACGCACACUCCUCAUGUACUACACAAACUUUGUCUCCUCCCCAGAAGGCUACUUCCAGACUGUUAUAUGCAACGCCCCAGAAUUUGCCAAGACAGCAGUCAACCACGACUUGCACUACAUUUCUUGGGACAUUCCCCCAAGGCAGCAUCCACACACCCUCACCAUCAAUGACACCGAUAAGAUGAUAGCAAGUGGGGCUGCCUUUGCCAGGAAGUUCAAGAAGGAUGACCCAGUGCUUGAUAGAAUUGACAAGGAGCUGCUGAGACGGAGGAAGGGGGCUUUCACCCCAGGAGGUUGGUGUUCAGGGAAGCCCAAGUGCUCGGAGGUCGGGAACCCCAAGAAGCUGAAACCCAGCCCUGGGUCUAAGAGGCUCCGUGGACUUGUAGCAAGGCUAGUUUUGGCAGCAAAACUUGGUCACAAUCAGUGUAAAUAGAUCGGUUGUUCGUAUAGGAAAGUUAGUUCUUGCUUUGCAGAUCGAGACUGAAGUCUAGAGAAAGAUAAUUGGAUCAGGAAUUGGUUUUCCUCCUCUCAAAGGAAGGAAUUAUAUAUAUCGAGCAGCAGCUCUGGUCGGUCUGGUCGAGGUGGGAUCUCAAUAAAGUCAGGAUGCCAUCGGGGUUAAAAGUACAACUUCAGCUGAGUGCGCACUUGAUUUGUUAGGGUCCUGCUUGAAUAGAGGGAAUACUUAUUUAAUGCAAUAUAGAUGCAAUAAUUUAUUACACGCUCCCUAGAGAUUGUCUAGCCUCUGCAGCCUGCUAGUUAAUGAGGUAUGAGCUUUAUACUUACUUGAGUAAAAACUUUAGUAUGACAUUCCUGUUAUUUGCAGCAAGAUUCGGCUUUUCCUUUCGGAUC